ACAACCAUGCCCUUCCUCCGGCAGGCCUACAGCCUCGGGCUUAGACCCAAGCCUAGGCCUCUUCCGAACUAUGCAGCACUUUACUCCUCCACUAUUCGCUGUGCAAGUCACUCGAACAAACAUAAGAAGAAUCGUGUCGCCCGAGACUCCCAACCAAAAGCCCGUUCAGAACAUAAUGACACGACAUCUAGCAGACGUCAGAAGCCAUUCUGGGAAUCCAUUGCUCCCGACUUCUUGACAAAAGAGAUGGAGUCCUCGUCGGGAAAAGGUGGACGUUUUGCACAAGUCUCUGCAUUCAAACUUCACGCAUCUCACAAGUCAGGAUCCAAACCUCAUAUUGAGGCUUCAUCCACAUCGUGGAACUCAAACACCAACGAAGUCAGCCGUACAGUUUACGAUCCCAUCUCUGGAAGAAUGGUUCCUGCAAACAGUGGACAGACCAGACCAUCCUCUACCUCAAAUGAUGGCGAGAAGAGCAAUCAGAGCUUCGGAAAGCCUUGCCAUAAGCCCACCGUCGGCUCACAGCUGCCAGACGAUGUCGCAACCCUCACGAACCCUCCUACUACACAUAGUUCUCUCACCGAAGACUUCGACAAGAUCUACCAGUCUGAACACGACGAGCUACUCGCAGCCCGUAGACACCUAGAAACGCUGCGUGAACAAAUCCAGAUCCUGGAACGUCAAGCUCAUCCUGAGAUGACCAAACCCGGUUACGCGGUCGAUGCAGAAAGACCUGCAGUCUUCGAAGAUGGUUGGGACACUAACCCAAAAGGACUACAGACAGCUUUCAAGCUUGAAAAGCAAGCCUGUGAGCAUGGCGAGAUGAAGCCUCUCGAACAAGAGAUGGACGCUCUUAACAAGACACCCACUCAGGCGACCAACGAUGGCUAUAGUGUAGCUCCGAGUGGCAUGCAAACCCUCUUCGCAGAUGAACAAAGGGACAACGAGAUCAACCACCAAUCUUCGUUGGAGCAGGAAUUGGUUGCUAUGAACACCAGUGCUCCUCCACNNUCGAAGACGGUUACUCGGCUUCACCUCAAGGCCUUGAGACACUCUUCGAACAGGAGAAACGAGACGCUGACAAGGGGUGAGCGUGAGUCUCUCGAAGAUGAAGUUCGCAUGACCGGCACUGCAGAAAAUCUUCCGCAGUACUCUGACACGUUUGCCGAAGAGUCUGCCGGUCUUGAGACGAUGUAUCACCGGGAGCAAAUGGACACACCCCAGAGACUAGAGCAUGAACUCGAGGAUAUGCCCUCCUGUGCGGCUACAAAAGACCCUAAUGACGCUUAUUCGGUUGAGCCUAUCGGCAUGCAAACCCUUUAUGAAAGGGAAGCAGGAACGAAACAGAAGGGAUCGUACAAAACUCUGGAAGAUGAACUCCACGAUCAUAUCCAGGCCCGCAAUUCUAACAACGACUUCUUGCCGGACCUGGAAGGAAUGCAGACACUCUACAAAAGAGAGCUGGAAGAAGUAGAAAGAGGCAGGGCUGAAUCGCUUGAAGAGGAGAUCAAAGCUCAAGAGCAACAGUCAGUUGUUGCUGAUGAGAGUGAUACCCUACCAUCGGGCAUGGAAUCUCACUUCAGUAACGAACUCCGGAGCGGUCAAGAUGGCAAGUCCAAAACUCUCGAAGAGGAGGUGAGCCGUAGAGUGCAAGCACAGAUCCACUCUGACGAUCACUCCCGUUCUUCAAGCGGCUUAGAGACUGCCUUUGAAAAUGAGGAAAGAGAUACAAUCCUCGGAAAGCGUCAAAGUCUUGAGGACGAGAUCAACACUCACGAAUCUGCUUUCGAGGAUGGUUACUCCACAAUGCCAAUGGGCCAUCAGAUGAUGUUCCAUCUAGAGAAACAAAAGGGUGAACGUUCGCUCGAGGAUGACAUCAAACGGAUGGAGGAAGCAUCGUAUCAUGAAGAUGGCUAUUCACGCGCACCAUUUGGCAUGGAAAACUCGUUCGAGAGAGAGGUUAACGAUAAGUCGUCUUCUCUGGAAGCAGACUUGGAGAACAUGCCAGGUGAGGGUGAUCUUUCUCCAACUGUGGGUAAGUUCAACAAUAGCAACAUGUGGUACAAGCAGCCUGCCAGGAGCACGUUUUCUGAAGAUUCCCAAAAGGCAGACGUGAAAGAGCUUGAUCAACACACCGCUGUCUUUGGACAUUCUCUCGAUGAAGGACCAUCCAAUUCUGUCAAUCCGAGCGAGACAUUGUCCAAGAUCACGACUGCAGCAGAAAGCAAUACAACGACUGAAUCAGGAAGUGAUUCGGCAAAUGCAUCUCUAACACCAAAUUCGAGCGCGAACAUCACUUGGGCUACCCCUGCUCUUUACAAAAUCAUCGCCUACGACUCCAGCAAGGACAUCAUCACUACUAAUACCACACCCUCCAACUUCUCAGACAGCGAGAAUCCUAUUUCAAUACCUCGAGCCAUCUCCCAACUCACUCAGACAGCACGUUUCUUACCACAUCUUGCAUCCUCUCAAAACGAAGGCUUCCAGGUGAUUCAUGCAGACAAAGACUUUUUGAUAUUGCGGAAAGUCCACACAGAAUCCAUUUCUACCCCUCCACGAUAUGAUGGUGACAUCAAUCCUGUGGAUGGCACCACCAAGCAUAUUCCGAUGGAGCCAGCUACUGCACGUUUUGCAUCUCCUACGGGCUUUGUCAACUACGAGCCUAUUUUCCCGACGGAACCUGUUCGCAAGCACGCAGACGCAUCCAACUCAUCUCCUGGUAUUCCUCCUAACGACUAUCCAGAUUCUCAGCAGCAGGCCUACCAUCCAAGUUCGCAUAAGUUUGCAUAUUCUCAUGGAAAGUGGCGGUACACGCUCCCUUACGAGAGACACCGCAAGGAGAGGCGCCGUCGAUGGCGUCGUCGCGUCGCUUGGGUUCUGAGUGUUGCCGCAGGUACAGCAGUGUCUACAGCAUACGUUGGACUCGCUCGAUCCGACAAGCAUGCUGUGCAAUCCUCAAAGUGA